AUGUUUCAAAGCCCAAGUGAAAGCAGUGUAUGUCCACCUUCCUUUCGCUCCAAUAGAAGGGUCACUUCACCAGAAACGGGUGCCGAUCAUCAUGGUAUCAGUUUUUCAGAUGCUGCUCUGAGUACAACGAGUUUGGAAGAACAUGGCCCACCUCCUCAAUUACACCGUUGGUCAUUGAAUGUUGAAGCUUCCGAAAAUGGAUCCUUUGUUCACGAUCGUACGUUCAAUGACCAUGCUGCUGAUCAGCACUCGGAAGGAGGAUCUCUCAACAAGGCUCACUCAUUGGCCAGUCACCUGAAAGAAAAAGCCAUGAACGAAGAAACGACAAGUCAUGACAUGAAGAGUACUACUCCUCUUGGUUUAACGAUACCCUCCUUGUUACCAAGUAAAUUAUUAGGAGGAAGAAAGAAGAAGGAAAAGAGAAAAGAAGAAGGAUCUGUAACUUCAUUUGAUAAGGAAGAAUUAAAACAACUUUCUGAGGAAUUUUCAGCCAUCGACAAGAGUGGUAAUAUUGGUCUCAAUGAAUUUGUCAAUUGUUUAGGAAGAUUGAAUGAUUCCGACAAUCAAUCCGAUGCCGAUCUGGUUUUAGGUAAAAUAUUAUUUCGAGCUUUUGAUAAAGACAACAGUGGAACCAUUGAUUAUAGAGAGUUUUUAGCAACCAUGGCAAUCUUGUCACGAGGAAGCGUGGAACAGAAAAUAGAAUUUGCAUUUUCAAUGAUUGAUUUGGACCAUGAUGGAAAAUUAAGUAGAGAAGAAUUGCAAAAAGUGAUCACAGCACUGUAUAAAGUGUUGACCUCUUUGGGAUUGGGAUCAAAAACAAUGCAAGAUCCAAUUGUAUAUGCUAACAAAUUAUUUGAUGAAAUGGAUGAAGAAAAAUGUGGAUAUUUAACAUUGGAAGCUUACAAAAAGGGUGCCUUAAAGAAUUCAAAUCUUCUCAAAGGAUUGGGAGUAUUAGAAAGCUCAGAAUCAGUCAUUGAUCAAGAUGCUUUGACAACGAGAGAAAAUGGAAUGCCAAUGUUAACGGAGAAUGAUCUUAAAAACACUUCAGACAAGCCCAUGAAACAUCAAGGAAAAAUUAUUGGCUUUGGAAGUAGAAAAUGGAAUUUAUGUUUAAAUAUGAUGAUUGGAAUUAGAUUGUCUUCAGAUUGCAUUGGAUCCAUAGAUGAAAGAGAUGUACGAAUGGAAGAUUUUAGUGUGAGAUUAAUGUUCGAUCUUCCCAAAGAAUCGAGUCGAAAUUUAUUAUUAUCAAAUUCUGACACCACUCGACCACAUUCUCCAAGAGGUUCCUCUCUUCCCUAUGAUUCUGAAGAAGUUGCUGCAACCUUUGUAGACUAUGCUCCAUUUGUAUUUAAACAUAUUCGUAAAAUGACAGGAAUAACUGAAGCGAGUUACAUGUUGAGUUUGGGACCUGAACAAUUACUUGGAAAUUUGCUAUUGGGUAGUAUUUCAACCUUAUCUGAACAUUUGAGUGAUGGAAAAUCAGGAUCUUUUUUCUUUUAUUCCAACGAUCGAAAAUUCAUGGUCAAAACCAUUUCCAAAGCUGAAGUUGCAUGUUUGAAGCGAAUUCUUCCCAUGUAUUACAAAUACUUGUCACAAAAUCCAGAUUCACUCAUUGUUCGAAUUUUAGGUCAUCAUGAAAUGAUCAUCAACUCGGAGCGUAUUAAUUUUAUUGUUAUGGGAAAUAUAUUUUCAUCAUCGAGACCAGUGAUUGAGUUGUAUGAUUUGAAAGGAAGUACUCAGGGUCGAAAGAAUCCUGAAGGAUUUUGUAAAAAGGAUUUAGAUUUGCUUGAAAAGAAGAGAACCUUCACGAUUGGAUUAGAAAACAAAUUGAAUUAUAUGAAAAUCAUUGAAAAAGAUACACAAUUUUUGGCAAGUUGUAAUUUAUUGGACUACUCCCUUCUGGUUGGAGUAUGUAAAGCAGCAAGAAGUAAUAAUACCACAUCCUCCAGUAGUGGUGCUGCAACCAUUUCUAAUUUUGUGUCAGUCGAUUCACAGCAAGAAAUUGCAUCUCCAACAACCAUACUUACAUCAACACCCAACACCUCUCGUAAGACCAGUGGAUUUGGAGCAAGGUUAAUGCGAAACAACAAGUGUGUUUGUGCCAUCCCAAGUUCUCAGCUUGCUAAGAACCUCGAAGAAGAAUCAGAAUUGUACUACAUUGGAAUUAUUGACAUUUUAACUGAGUGGACUUUCAAGAAGGAGUCUGAACAUCAUUUAAAGUCAAUCACCUCAAAAUCAGACACCAUUAGCGCUAUCCAUCCCAAGCCAUACUCCGAAAGAUUUUUCAAAUUCAUGUAUCAAGCCUUUGAAUAA